UUUGUCCUUCUAACUUCUCAUGGAUCGCAGAUCACAACCUCCUCUCCAAUCAUCUGGAGUUUUUUACCUAUUAUUUUAUUUGAGGUUACGUUGCCCAUCUGCGUUACUCGUGGACAUCAAGGUUCCCCGCUAUCACUAACACCCGUCCCGCCCCCACCAAUUCCACCAUAAAGAGGUAACUAUCGGCCGGUUUCACCAGCAGCUCAACACUAACUAACUGGCUGACUGACUGACUGCAGUCUCGAACAUCAAUACCUUGCAAGACGUCGGGUGUUGUUUUCUUUUCUUCCACUUCUUUGGGCCAUCAAGAAACACAUCCAUAUCCUCCUCUUGGCUUGUAGAAAGAACCAUCAGUCACAAUGGCGUCUUCAGCCAGCUCGAGCUCUGCGAGAACCAGAGCCCCGAUGCAGCACAUCGACCGCAAGGAGCUCUACACCAGUCUCGAGGCGCGCAUCCGCUAUCUCCAUUCCUUCCUUGAUUUCGGCACCGAUGACGUCGAAGCUCUCUCCUCCGGUGCCAAGUACAUCCAAGCCCUGAUCCCCGCCGUAGUCAACAUCGUCUACAAGAAGCUCCUCCAAUACGACAUCACGGCGCGCGCCUUCCAGACCCGCAGCACCGCCUUCGAGGGUUCCAUGGACGAGGUCCCCGACGAGGAAAGCCCCCAGAUUCUCCACCGCAAGCUGUUCCUGCGCGCAUAUCUUAAGAAGCUAUGCUCGGACCCUACGCAGAUGGAGUUCUGGGAGUACCUCGACAAAGUGGGCAUGAUGCACACUGGGCUCGGCCGCACGCACCCGUUGCACAUCGAGUACAUCCACAUCGGCGUCACCCUGGGCGUCAUCCAGGACAUUCUCAACGAGGCCAUCCUGUCGCACCCACGCCUGCCGAUGCCGCGCAAGAUUGCCUUUGUCAAGGCACUGGGCAAGGUUAUUUGGAUCCAGAACGACUUGUUCACCAGAUGGUAUGUACAUGAUGGUGAAGAGUUCACGGACGGAAUGGACUUUGGCGUCGUAGAGAAGGAAGGGUUCUUGCAUGGCAAGAAGGUGCUGGAUGAGACUGCCGAAGCCUCUUCUUCUUCGGCUCCUGCUGCUGCUACUGGCGGCUCAGCGUGUCCUUUUUCGUCCGUUGUCGAAAGCAAAGACUGGGCGGCGGCGGCGGCAUCUGCAUCUGACAGUACAUGUCCGUUCUCUGGAGCCAGCAAGGCGAUGGAGGGUCUCAGCAUCAAGGAUAAGAAGCCAGUGUCUGCGGCCAAGAACAACGAUGACGCUAGGUCAGAUACAACGGAGAAGGCGUCUCGUCAAGAGACAGCCAUCUGACAGUGUUCUUUGAAGAGGGCGAGCGUGAUUAUACUACGAAGAUCAUGACUGGGGCUGCAUUUCAUCUUUCCUUCUUGUUUUCUUUCUCGGUAUUGUAGUUUCUGGCACGACAAGCGGGUGUAUUACUAGGUUUAUCAUUGUUGCGGUAACAGGGACUUGGCUUCUGGCGUGCAUAGGAGAUGAUGGAGGGUUGGUGUUGGGUUCCACUUCUUGUUCUACACAGGUCAGAAUUCUCUUUUGUUGAUCCAUGGAUGACAGGAAUGAGGAGUGCUUUUCUACCCGGAAAACUUGCUAUAUCUCGCGGUUGCAGAUGUAAUGACGAUUCGAGCGGCGUAUGCUACUGGUAGGUCAACAUGUAGUACGAAAGAGUACCACUUAACCACGUUGGUGAAAGCAGUGCCUACAUGCGAGGCAAUCAUGGCGCGGAAUGAGAGCUAAGAAACAUUGGCGACCUUCCAACUGAUAUACAUCAAUGCCUACCUACUUUACCAAGUUAAUACUAGAUGUCCUUUAUUGUCGUUACCUAUCCCUAGACAAAAAAGAUGAUCAGGAAACAAUACUUCCUCAUUUCUUACUACAAUAGCUGUCCUAUGACAUUUCCCAGCAUCAACCCCGAG